AUGGCAGUCUCGUUGCCACCAAAGGUUGUAACUCCUAGCAAAGCAGCCAAGGACGCGUGGUUGGCGAAAGCGUCAAAGGCCAAGGAUGCAUUUGUAACAGUAAAUACACCUGGAAUCAGGGCUAUACUAGGUGCCCACGCUGUUCAACUGUCGGAUUGGGGUAAACCGCCUCGCCCCGAGAAUGCCAUGCCCGUGCCUGUUGAGGAGCUGAUGGGGGGUUUGCCGGUUGCUCGGGUUAAUUUGCUUUUAGGCCGGGCUUCGGUGCAGACAUUUGGUCAUGCAGUGCCUACGAACAAUGACUCCACAGCCAAUGGCAACAGCAGCAAGCCGUUAUCCAACCCCGAUGUUGACAUCGUCAUCACUGUAUCCGCCACCUUCAGGAAUGUACCCGGUGUCCACGCCAACACCAGCAGCAGCAGCACAUCACCCAACGCCCUCGGGCAGUCCAGGGAACAUGAGAUGGUCGAAAAAGUGCUCAUGGAGGUACGGCACAGGAAGAAGAUGGAAAGGAACGACGAAAGGAAUCAGGAGAGCAACCAGAAAAGCAACAAGAAAACCAACUCGGUUGCGCCGAUAUUUGUUACAGCAAAGAUGAAGCACAAAACAGCGCUCCUUGCCGCCCAAGAUGUCGAGAAAGCGCUCGAGGAAAUCGAGGCAAAGCGUGCUGCAAUUAGGGAACAGCAUGCUGCCAAGUAG